AUGCAGCAUCAUCCAGGCUCGUGGUAUUUGCCGUGGGGCGUGCCGCUGCAGAAGAUGUUAGUACCGCUGCACCCGUCGCCGGCGGGCUUUCAUCCACAAGCGGCAGGACAGCCGGGUGCCGUGCAAGUGUCUGCAGCCACACAACAGGCUACACAGCAGCAGAACUAUCAGCAUCUGCAUCCCGCUGCGCUGCACCACCCGCCGGCUGGCCUUCAUCAGCCGCCAAUGCAUCCCGCCGCGGCGGCCGCUAUGUUCACGCCGAUCUCGCUGAGAACCUUCCUGGGCCCCUCACACAAUCUCACCCUCGGCCAGCAGACUUUGUCCGGCGUGCAGGCCACACAGCCGCCGCCACCGCUCUCUAGCCAGACCUCCACCCAAAUGGCGGGAAUAAACCUCAACGUGGGCGUCGUUCCAGUUCGACAGAGCACUCCCGCCGGCAAUGCACUCCUCAUGCCCGUUAAAAAGAUAAUUGCGGGUGAUAAGGAGAAAUCGAAAUUGGUCGCUACGGAGAAGCGCAAAGCUGACGAUGUGGAGCAACUCAAGGAUCUCAAGAAGGCCAAGCUGGAAACAAAGGCACUAAAAGCUAAGCGACCAGGUUUUACUGAUGAAAGAUAUCACGAAACCUCCUACUACAUUGAAAGUGGUUUGAGAAAAGUGUAUCCGUAUUACUUCACAUUCACCACCUUCACGAAGGGACGGUGGGUGGGUGAACAGAUACUCGAUGUCUUCGCACGGGAAUUUCGUGCACAUCCAGCUGAAGAAUAUGAAAGAUGUAUCAAAGCUGGCACAUUAACGGUUAAUUAUGAAAAAGUGCCCACAGACUAUAGAUUGAAGCACAAUGAUUUAUUAGCUAAUAUUGUUCAUAGACAUGAAGUACCAGUCACUAGUCAACCAAUCACAAUAGUGCAUAUGGACGAUGAUAUUGUGGUUGUGAACAAACCAGCAUCAAUUCCUGUUCACCCAUGCGGUCGGUAUCGUCAUAACACGGUGGUCUUCAUAUUGGCAAAGGAGUACAACCUGAAGAAUUUGAGGACAAUCCAUCGCCUGGACAGGCUCACGUCGGGUCUGCUCCUAUUCGGUCGUAGUCCCAAGAAGGCUCGCCAAAUGGAGCACCAAAUCCGCAAUCGGCAGGUUCAGAAGCAGUACGUGUGCCGUGUCGAAGGUGAAUUCCCAGAUGGUGUGAUUGAGUGCAAAGAGCCCAUCGAGGUGGUGAGCUACAAGAUUGGCGUGUGCAAGGUGUCACCCAAGGGGAAGGAGUGCACGACGAAAUUCGAGAAGUUGGGCUUCAACGGCAAAUCCAGUGUGGUCCUCUGCAAGCCACAGACUGGCCGCAUGCACCAGAUCCGGGUGCACUUGCAGUAUUUAGGCUAUCCGGUAAUUAAUGAUCCGCUGUACAAUCACGAGGUGUUCGGACCGGCCAAGGGGCGAGGAGGUGACAUCGGCGGGAAGUCGGACGAACAACUGGUGAAGGACUUGAUAAACAUCCACAAUGCAGAGAAUUGGCUGGGUAUCGACGGUGACUCGGAAAUGUCACUGUUCAAAUCGAUGAAGCCAGAUGCUGAGGACGGCGGUGUUUUGGGCUGUGGUAAAGGAAACAUCCUGAGUGACGACGAUUGCGAAACUGUGUCAAGAGAGGCGUCACCAUGUUCAGAAAGUCCUAGACCAUUAUCGCACGGAAGUGAGAGUCCCCACGAGAGCGUCUGCCAGGUGUCGCCGCAGCAAAAUUCACCGCCAACCGGUCUGAAGAGGGCUCAAGCAAAGGUAACAGUGGCCACCCAGACUGGUCAUGAAUCACCGGACCUCACGUUCAACCCUGAUAAGAUGACAGUCGAUAAACACUGCUACGAGUGCAAAGUUCGCUACAGGGACCCAAAGCCGCAGGAUCUCGUAAUGUAUUUGCAUGCAUGGAAGUACAAGGGUCCCGGCUGGGAGUAUUCCACUGAGCUUCCGGACUGGGCCUCGUCGCAGUGGAUGGAGGAUGAAUAGACCAUAUGGCGAUUGAGGAAACCACAGCAACAUAAUUAAAUUAUAAUUAAAUAUCGCUACACACUAAGCAAAACUCCUAUUAGAUUGAUAUUAAUGGCAAAAAGACAUUUUUUUCAUCAAAUCUUCCUUUGGCCUCUAUUUUAUGGUUUGUAUUCCUUUUCUUUUUUUUGUGGGAAUAAUUUUGUAAUGCGUUUUCUCACAUACACACAUAAACACGAAGUGAAGAGUUGGAGGAUGAAAGAGAAAUGAAAAAAGACAAUAUUGAAUAGUUUGUAAAUAUUUUUUGAUACGAUAUAAGGAGACACUUUUAGACAGCAUCUCUCAAGUUUCUGCGGAAGAGCUUCAUUGCAGAAAUGCCCCAUAAGUUUUUUGUGAGAAUGAAAGGCAUUAUAUAACUAGCAUGUUUAGGAGAUACAUAUUUUAGACUACUUAGUGGACAUAAAUAACUAUAUUGUAUUGAAGAAGGAGAUAUUAUUGAUAAUAAUAAUGGCAGGUAUAAUUAAUGAAUAUCAAAUUUAGUGUGGUUUACCUAAUUGCAGGGUCCAUGAUUUACACACAGAUGCAGACAAAAUAAGAAGAAAAAAUCAACACAAUUUAAAGAAGAUAGAUCUUGAGAUAUUUACAACGGAAGAUUACAGAGUAAAUUUACCUGCAGCCAAGUCUUAUUUUCACCUGUUAUUUCAAUUAGGCGAUAUUGCAUUGACGAUGAGAUGUUAGAGACCAAAGCUUGUAAUGACGGAAAGUAAUAUUUAGAAAGAAGAGAAAAAACAAGGACUUUUUUGUACAUAAGACAGAGUGAACACACAUAAUAAUCAAAUAUCAAUCAUUUCAUAUCACAAGGCAGAUGGAGAAAAAAGGGCACAAGUUAAGAUGUUUCAGCCUCAAUCAAUCAAAAGGCACUCCUGGGAAGUCCUCCAGGACCGAAAGGCGCGCGCGACUCCCUUGAGGUUUUCCACCUCUCCAGCCGAGGAGGGAAUUCAAUAAUGGCAUUUUAUGAUGAUUGAGCUGAGCGCCAAAAAAGUUGAUGAGAAUCAAAAUUGAUAACUUGUGUUGUGUGUGUGCGGAGAAAAGAAAAAAAAAGACACAAAUUUAGUUGACACGCGAGAGAAUCAUAAGAAAAAUAACCCAUAAAUAUUUAAAGAUGAUGAGGAAGUCUUUGACUAAUAUAUAUUUUAGGAUGUUAAGAAUCUUUCAAUCAAAUUAUAUUAGGGCGCUUUUUUGUCACGACAGUCGGAAUGGCGGUAGAGUUUAAGGAAUUUUUUUCUAUAAAAUUCAAUAAGGUUAAAAAUAUGAGACAGAAGGAUGGAUUUGUACAAUAAAAUGUUAAGUCGCAGCGAGAAAGACAAAAGAUCCCACGGGGAGAGUUUGAAAGAAAAGCGAGAAGCCAAGAUAAGAAAACAAUUGCGUAAAUUCACUCUGAAAAAUAGUCAUUUUGUGCCUUGACGAAACCCAAAAGAAGAGAAACAUUUCUCGAUUACAACGUCUUUGAGCCCAUGCUUUCAGUUUCGGUUGAAACCAAGUCGGUUUUGAGAGAAAAAAAAACACUUUUCGACUAUACAAAAACAAGUGAUAUUGAGAAGAAUAUUAGCGAGAAAUCAAGAGAUGCGCGCGCAUUGUCAUAAAUGUAGAGAAUUUUGAUCAACUGUGGUUUGCAUUCAACGAGCUUCAAUAAUAAUCCCAGAUUUAAGACCACGAAGAGAAAUCGCAGGACAGUAAAAAACAAUGGAUUUCACUAAUAGAAUGGCAAACAAAAUGAAUUUGUAAACUCUGGCAAACUGCUGAAAAUGUGAUGAAAAAUUGUAAAAAGAGAAAAAAAUGUGCUAGCAAAAGAGAGAAUUUAUGUAAAGAUACGAUUUCACACUUUCCACCACGAAAGACAUGGUCGAAUUUCCUCGCUUCUGGCCGAGAACUAGAGAGAGAGAGAGUGAGAAGAUAAAGUGCCAGAAGAGAGAGAAAGGAAAUCUCGACAAUUUCCCCUCCCUUUGAUUGUAGCGAUGGAUGAAGAGGAUACAAUAUACGUUGUAAAUAGUUUUUAGAAUCUGAAAGAGAAAGUUUUAUGUCUUGUUGCACAGCUCAAGUGGUUCAUUUUAUCUGUUUAUUCGUCGUAUGUGUAAAUAAUUUUAGUUCAUACCUCGAUAUAAUAUUCUUUAUAAGUCUCUGUAUCGCGUUAAAAGACCCACAAUCUUGUUGAGACUCGCAAUCAAUGGUUUUUCUUGCGUAGAGUAAAAAAAAAAACGUUUAGGAAUGAAGAUUUAUAGAUGUAAUCAUGUCGGAUGAGAAGCCUUAAAAUAGUCACAGUUUAAUUGAGUAUUAAAGAGGGCGAAGAAGAGUGGAAUAUUUGGCUUUGCAUGGAUUUCUCAAGAAGAUUGACAUAUCUGAUAAAACUUGUGGUUUUAUUUUUCACUGGGAAAAAUCAAAAGACAUUUUGUGCUACGGAAUAAAAACACUCCCUCAAGAAAAAUGAACAGAAUUGAUCAAUAAAUGUACAAUAUUCGGAUGAUAAAAAAUAGAAUAAAUAUUUUUAGGCGCUUUUUCACUCUGAAUCACAUUCAUGAAACCCAUGUAGUAAAAGGCUUAAGAUGGUUUGGAAUGGUAUAAAAUUGAGCAAUGAUUGAGUGAUUUUUCUGUUGUCUUUGUGUUGCAAACAAUGCGACACAGUGAAUACCAUUUAUUGAAUAAAGAUCAGAUUUUAAUUGUAAAGCCCCUCCUCCUUUCCCCAAGUAGAUAAAAACAAUUUAAUAAAUUUUGAUUUAAUGUGA